AUGUGGUUCAGUGGUGUAGGGGUGACAGUGACGGUGCCGGAUGGCGCGGGCGGCGGCGAGCGGCGGGAGCGGGCGGGCUGUGCCCUCGGCCUGGCGCUGCUGCUCGGCUGGGCCCUGGCGGCCCGCGGGCAGAACCUCCGCGAUCCCGUGAACACGGAGACGCUUCUGAAAAAUAUUUCUUCUAAAAGUGAGAAUGAAACACUGAGCAGAUCCCAGAAUUUGACAGACAGCUUGCAGAGCCUAACCUCAACAAAAAAGGCAAUCCCAACAACAGCCAAAAUCAGUUCAGUGACUGCAGGAAAGGCACCUACAGCAAAAGGUGACUCUUCCUCAUCUGUUCUCCCUGCUAGUCUGGUACCUCCAGUUGAUGCUUCUGAAGAUACUAAAAUUGAGGACGAGGAUCUUCUAACAGAUUUGAAAGAUACACUAAAUAGUUCCCCACCCAUCAUAAAAGAAACUCUGGAGUCAGAUGGAGAUGAUUAUGGUCCUUACGAGAUGACACCGAUUUCCAGGUACAGCCCAGACCUAGAGAUGCCGGAUGACGACGACUCCGACACCAUCAGCAAUUACAACGAGGAGAUCAAGACCCUGGAUGAGAAGAUAAAAGGGGUUUCUGUCUCAGGGUUGGAAGAAGAAGAGGACAGCCAUUUCUUUUUUCAUCUGGUUGUAGUUGCCUUCUUAGUAGCUGUUGUUUAUGUCACCUAUCACAAUAAGAGGAAGCUCUUCCUGCUGGUGCAGAGCCGGCGCUGGAGGGACGGGCUGUGCUCGCGGACGGUGGAGUAUCAUCGCCUGGACCAGAACGUGAACGAGGCCAUGCCUUCCCUCAAAAUAACCAACGACUACGUGUUCUGAGAGCACUGUGCUUGGGCUUUGCUGAACUUAUCACUCUUUGCCUGCCCAGUCAUGUAAUGAUAUUCAGGUAUCCCAAAUAAGCUGCUUGUACAGAAAUGAGAUGUACUCUCUGUGACCUGGAUGUUUUGGAGAUUAAAUCUCAUGGAAGAUCAAGGGCAUGACACAUCUGUUUGCUACUUUGGUCGGGUUUUAUAUCAACUAUAAAGAUGCAGAGUUUAAUAAAUUAGUGCUCUUUCCAU